UAAAACCUCAAAGAAGAAGAAGCAGACGUAGGAACCAGCGCGCUGUGGGGAAAGAAGUGGAUGCGUCGGGGACUGUGAGGGAAAGGAAAGAAACGAUAGAGGUUUUUUUUUCAACAUAAAUGGAGGUUCAUCCGUAACGGGAGAGAAGAGCAGCAACAAAAAAAAAUAUAUAAGCAAAAUGGCGAAAGACCACGAGGUCGAACGCAUUGCUAAAAAGCUGGACAAAAUGGUGCACAAAAAAAACACGGACGGUGCCAUAUAUCUGCUGAGGGAGCUAAAGAUCAUUAACAUGUCUCUGGAGACUCUACAGUCUACCAGGAUCGGUAUGUCAGUGAACGCUGUGAGGAAGCAGAGUUCAGAGGAAGAGGUCCAGACUUUGGCCAAGUCACUCAUCAAGUCCUGGAAGAAACUAUUGGACGGUGCUGAGGGGAAAGCUGUGGAGGAGAAGAGGAGGGAGGGCUCUCCUCUGAGGUCAUCUUCGUCCAAGGACAGUCCUGGAUCCAGCGACCGGAGUAAGAAACAAGAACUGCCGGAGCCCCCGAAGACUCCCACCACACCUACGACCCCCACCACACUAAAGUUCACCUCCUUCCCUCCCACUCCCGUCACCACUGACAGCGUACGCACAAAGUGCCGAGAGCUGCUGGUGGCUGCCCUGCAGACCGACGAUGACUACAAGCCCAUUGGAGCAGACACUGAGAACUUGGCUGCUCAGAUCGAGGACUGUAUCUACCAGGAGUUUAGGUCUACAGACCAGAAGUACAAGUCCAGACUGAGGAGCCGUAUCUCCAACCUGAAGGACCCGAAGAACCCAGACCUCCGGCGCAACGUCCUCGCUGGAAACAUCUCAGCUGACCGCAUCGCUAACAUGGCCGCUGAGGAGAUGGCGAGCGCGGAGCUGAAAGAGAUGAGGAAGACUUUGACCAAGGACGCCAUCAGAGAGCACCAGCUGUCUAAAGUGGGCGGGACCGAGACGGAUAUGUUUCAAUGUGGAAAAUGCAGGGGCAAGAACUGCACCUACACACAGGUGCAGACGCGCAGUGCUGAUGAACCCAUGACCACCUUCGUACUGUGCAACGGCUGUGGCAACCGCUGGAAGUUCUGUUGAGGAGAAGAUGAUGAUUGGCUACAAGAUGAGCCGACACGGAUAAAGAAGAACCGGAACCUAUUUUGUUACUACUGCAAAUCUUUUUUUUUCUUUUUCUUCCUUUUGUUGUUUUUAUUUUGUUUUGAUACCUCAUAAAUCUGGAAUAUAUUUUGAGAAAAUGUUUGACGUGUAUUAGUAUUUUAAUGAUAUUCUAUGAUAUGGAGCCUGUCUAGUAUUUUAAUUUCUAUGAUAUGGAGCUAGUCUAGUAUUUUAAUUUCUAUGAUAUGGAGCUAGUCUAGGAUUUUAAUUUCUAUGAUAUGGAGCAAGUCUAGUAUUUUAAUUUCUAUGAUAUGGAGCUAGUCUAGGAUUUUAAUUUCUAUGAUAUGGAGCCUGUCUAGUAUUUUAAUUUCUAUGAUAUGGAGCCUGUCUAGUAUUUUAAUUUCUAUGAUAUGGAGCUAGUCUAGGAUUAAAAUUUCUAUGAUAUGGAGCUAGUCUAGUAUUUUAAUUUCUAUGAUAUGGAGCUAGUCUAGUAUUUUAAUUUCUAUGAUAUGGAGCUAGUCUAGGAUUUAAAUUUCUAUGAUAUGGAGCUAGUCUAGUAUUUUAAUUUCUAUGAUAUGGAGCUAGUCUAGGAUUUAAAUUUCUAUGAUAUGGAGCUAGUCUAGUAUUUUAAUUUCUAUGAUAUGGAGCUAGUCUAGUAUUUUAAUUUCUAUGAUAUGGAGCUAGUCUAGGAUUUAAAUUUCUAUGAUAUGGAGCUAGUCUAGUAUUUUAAUUUCUAUGAUAUGGAGCUAGUCUAGUAUUUUAAUUUCUAUGAUUUGGAGCUAGCCUGGGUACCUUUUCUGUUUCUGCUCUCUUACCACAUGUCAUGUUUGGCUUGACAACGAGUUGACAAGAGCACUGACCGAUCUCAGAAACCGAUCUCAGAAACCGAUCACGGAAACCGAUCACGGAAACCGAUCAGGGAAACCGAUCAGGGAAACCGAUCACGGAAACCGAUCUCGGAAACCGAUCUCGGUACCAGGCUGAAGUUAAGCACUUACUCUUAAAGACAAGGUUUUGGUUUGAUGUUUAUUAGUUUCAGCUAUAUCUUACAACAACAACAAAAAAAAGCUUUUGUUUUUGGCAUUAGGGAACAUAGUGGUGCCUUUCUUUGCCUCUCUGUGCCACAAAUGAUUAUUUUGCUAUUCGUUUUAUACACUUGCUGUAGAUAGAGUAUAUGCACUCUUAACGUGUGUAUCCCAAAUGGCACCCUAUUCACUAUAUAGGGCACUAAAAGUAGUGCACUACAAAGGGGAUAGGGUGCCAUUUGGUAUACACACCUGCUGUAUAUAGAACAAGCCGUUGUUUGGAGUCAUUCUGAAUCUACUGUCUUACAAACACGCUGCACGGGUUCUUAAAGACUUCCAUUUAGGUUUAAAUUCUUCUGUUAAAAUGAACAAAUGAAUGAAACUGGAGGUUCUGCUAGAAGAUGUAGAGUUACAAAGGAGUGGAAUGAGAAAAGGGAGGAGACGGGACAGUUGUCAGUUUCUCCUCUUGUCCUUCUCUGAUUGUACGCUAGUGAAGGGUUAGCGGGGACUGGAGAAGUAGCCUGAUCGUACGUUAGUAAAGGGUUAGCGGGUACUGGAGAAGUAGCCUGAUCGUACGCUAGUAAAGGGUUAGCGGGGACUGGAGAAGUAGCCUGAUCGUACGUUAGUAAAGGUUUAGCGGGUACUGGAGAAGUAGCCUGAUCGUACGCUAGUAAAGGGUUAGCGGGGACUGGAGAAGUAGCCUGAUCGUACGUUAGUAAAGGUUUAGCGGGUACUGGAGAAGUAGCCUGAUCGUACGCUAGUAAAGGGUUAGCGGGGACUGGAGAAGUAGCCUGAUCGUACGUUAGUAAAGGUUUAGCGGGUACUGGAGAAGUAGCCUGAUCGUACGUUAGUAAAGGGUUAGCGGGUACUGGAGAAGUAGCCUGAUCGUACGCUAGUAAAGGGUUAGCGGGGACUGGAGAAGUAGCCUGAUCGUACGCUAGUAAAGGGUUAGCGGGUACUGGAGAAGUAGCCUGAUCGUACGCUAGUAAAGGGUUAGCGGGGACUGGAGAAGUAGCCUGAUCGUACGCUAGUAAAGGGUUAGCGGGGACUGGAGAAGUAGCCUGAUCGUACGUUAGUAAAGGGUUAGCGGGGACUGGAGAAGUAGCCUGAUCGUACGUUAGUAAAGGGUUAGCGGGGACUGGAGAAGUAGCCUGAUCGUACGUUAGUAAAGGGUUAGCGGGGACUGGAGAAGUAGCCUGAUCGUACGUUAGUAAAGGGUUGGCGGGGACUGGAGAAGUAGCCUGAUCGUACGCUAGUAAAGGGUUAGCGGGGACUGGAGAAGUAGCCUGAUUGUACGUUAGUAAAGGGUUAGCGGGUACUGGAGAAGUAGCCUGAUAGUACGCUAGUAAAGGGUUAGCGGGGACUGGAGAAGUAGCCUGAUUGUACGUUAGUAAAGGGUUAGCGGGUACUGUAGAAGUAGCCUGAUCAUACGCUAGUAAAGGGUUAGCGGGGACUGGAGAAGUAGCCUGAUCGUACGCUAGUAAAGGUUUAGCAGGUACUGGAGAAGUAGCCUGAUCGUACGCUAGUAAAGGUUUAGCGGGUACUGGAGAAGUAGCCUGAUCGUACGCUAGUAAAGGGUUAGCGGGUACUGGAGAAGUAGCCUGAUCGUACACUAGUAAAGGGUUAGCGGGUACUGGAGAAGUAGCCUGAUCGUACACUAGUAAAGGUUUAGCGGGGACUGGAGAAGUAGCCUGAUCGUACGCUAGUAAAGGGUUAGCGGGGACUAGAGAAGUAGCCUGAUCGUACGCUAGUAAAGGGUUGGCGGGGACUGGAGAAGUAGCCUGAUAGUACGCUAGUAAAGGGUUAGCGGGGACUGGAGAAGUAGCCUGAUCGUACGUUAGUAAAGGGUUAGCGGGUACUGGAGAAGUAGCCUGAUAGUACACUAGUAAAGGGUUAGCGGGUACUGGAGAAGUAGCCCGAUCGUACGCUAGUAAAGGGUUAGCGGGGACUGGAGAAGUAGCCUGAUAUCCAAACCUACUGUCUCCGUUGUUGAAACAAUGAUAAUGAUGUUGGUUGGAUUUCAGGCUACUGGAGAAGAGGGCAUCCUGACAAAAACGGUCGACUGGUUUGAAAAGUUUUGAAAAGUGAUUUAUUUUGUAUGUAAACACUUGUCCUCCCAAUGGGAACUUGUUUUAAAUUAAAAGCAGUAAGGAGUGUGGAAAGAGA